AGAUCGAGCUGAGCAGUGCAUCUCCCACAGAGGGCUUCCCUGGUCGUUCUCGGUCCCCGGUCCCCGGUCCCGGCGGUAGGGCGCGAGCCGCGAUGAGGUGCUGGCCGCUGGCCAUGUUGGCGGCCGCUCUGUGGGCGCAGUGCCUCCUCUCCCGGGAGGUGGGCGCCAAGAAGGAGAGGAGGAGGCAGAAGGAGGCCGCCCCCCAGCACACGGAGUCUUUCAACAGCACCCUCUCCAACAGCGAGGAGCUGGACGGGAGCACCAAGCUUCCAGAGCAUCAGCGAGUUGACCCCCUUGGAUCAUGGAUGGACUUCGUGAAGCGGCCGGUGGGAAACUUCCCAGCAAAAUGCCGGAAGAGAAAAAGACCCCUGCCUGGCCCCCCGGGCCCUCCUGGCCCCCCAGGGCCACAGGGUCCCCCAGGACUCCCUGGGGCAGAAGUAACCCAAGAGGCCUUGCUUCAAGAAUUUAGAGACAUGAUCAGAGAGGCAACAGAGAGGCGCACUGCAGUGGACAGACAGACCAACCCCAGUGCACUGCCCCCUGCCCUCAUCACUUUGGAGGGCAUGACUUCAUACCGGAGGAUAGAGGAGGCCUUCCACUGCAGGCUGAAGGGCCCUGUCGUAGUGGACAAGAAAACCCUGAUGGAACUACAGAGCUUUCAGACGCCACCCGCUAAAGGAGCAUUCCUCCGGGGGACAGGGAUGGACCUCUCCACUGGCCGAUUCACGGCACCAGUAACCGGCAUCUACCAGUUUUCAGCUAACGUCCAUAUAGACCACAGCGAGGUGAAGAAAAGCAAGAGCCAGCUGCGGGCCAGGGACAACGUGCGGGUGCUGAUCUGCAUCGAGUCUCUGUGCCACCGAUACACGUCCUUGGAAACGAUAGCUGGCUUUGAAAGCAAUAGCAAGAUAUUCACAGUGUUCGUCCAUGGGCUGCUGGAACUGCAGGCUGGACAGUACACCUCAAUAUUUGUGGACAAUGCAGCUGGGGCGUCCAUCACAAUACAGAAUGGGUCUGAUUUUAUGGGCAUCCUCAUGGGCGUAUAGUCCUUCCAACCUCGUGCAUUCUGGGACAUUCUGCUGCUUUAUACUGUGUGCU